AUGGCUCCCGCAGCGUGCAAUUCGAUAUCAUCUUGCGUCUCCCCCGACUGUCCACCAGACAUCCGCGACGUCCUUGACCGUGCCUGGGACCAUGACGUCGCCGGCCUGAAGAAACUUUUGGAUAUUCGGGGCAGAGCUAGCGUUCAGGAUCCGACGACAGGCGAGACGCCCCUCCACGCCGCGAUUCGAUCAUGCGGGCCAGCCAUCGAUCAAGACGGCGCGGACGACAACUGCGUCGAGAAGGCUAGGGAGACGUUGCAAGAGCUCUUCUUUUCAGGCGCCAUAUGGAAUGAUGUCGAUGCCAACAACGAGACGCCAGGAUGCGUCGCCCAACGGCUGGGGUGCAGGGCGUUGUACGACAUGUGCGUGGAUGCAGGCGUCCGGGCGGAACUCCUCUUUGCUCUCAUGGAGGGGUACGAGGAGCUUUCCUCGGAUUCCGAGGCUGGGGAGGAGGCCGGAGGUGAGACUGGAGAGGAGGUAUCCGACGAGCAUGGGGCUUCUGGUUUGGAAAGCCAAGAGGACGCCGACGUAGUCGGUCAAGAGCACCGCAAAUUUGUGCCUCCUGAUGCGAAGGAGAAGCCUGUCACGAGCGAAGAGUAUCUUCAAUCAUCACUGACAUUCGAAUCCGGGAAGCUACUAGACUCGGACAUGAACGGCGUCAUGAUGGCUUGGGAAACAGACAUCAUGCGCCGCUCCGUUGCCUCACUUAUACCCGAUGCCCAGCCCGGGAAGCGCAUCCUCAACAUUGGCUUCGGCAUGGGCAUCAUCGACGGUAUGUUUGCCGACCUGAAGCCCUCGCGCCAUCACAUUAUCGAAGCGCACCCUGCUGUGCUCGACCUUUUCACCAAGCAAGAGUCCAAGUUUGGCCCCAAUUGGGAACAGAGCGCGCCCGAACAGGGCGCGUACAAGGUACACGCUGGCAGGUGGCAGGACGUUGUACCGAAACUCCUCGAGGCCGGCGAGCUCUAUGAUGCGAUUUACUUUGAUACGUUUGGGGAGGACUAUGCGCAACUGCGCAACUUUUUUACCGAGCAUGUUCCCGGCCUGCUGGACCAGGAAGGGCGCUUCAGCUUCUUCAAUGGGCUGGGGGCCGACAGGAGAAUAUGCUACGAUGUCUACACCAAGGUUGUCGAGAUGCAUUGCGCUGACGCAGGCAUGGACCUCGAGUGGGAGGAGAUUGAUGUCGACAUGUCCAACCUGAAAGAAGGUGGAAAGGGCGAAUGGGAAGGCGUUCGGCGAAGGUACUGGACGUUGGACAAAUACAGGCUGCCAAUAUGCACUUUCAUGGGUUAG